AUGGCGAUGCAAUUUUUGUGGAGCUUGUCUGCAGCAUGCGCGAACGGCUUAAAAUGCUACUCAUGGCUGAUGGGUAAGGUGGACAUACUCUUUGACAAUGACCAAGCCGCUUUGUUGGCUAAACGAAUGAUUGAAACAUGGCCUGGUCAGCGCCUUCCGGGAUUCGACCAGGGCUUUCACUUGGACUGGACGCAUUUGUACUGUGCUCGAAAUGGCUGCUGGUUCAACAACAAUUUAAUUCAAGCCUUCUCGGCGACGCUGUCGGCCAAGUACGGUGCCAGCACUACAAUUUUCCUACCGCAGCUUCACACACCGGCAAAAGAUAAGGGCCAUCGAAUCCCGCCACUGACGUUAAGUCUUGUAGCAGCUACGAACAUGGAAUGGGUGUUCAUGCCGCUGAACGUCAAUGCCAGUCAUUGGACAUGCCUCGCUCUGGCGCAAGAGCUCGUGGUCCGGAGCAUGACGGAGCCGUACGAGAUAAUAGCUGUGCACAACCCCAUCCAGAACGACGGUGGCAAUUGCGGUCUGUUCGUAUGCCUGUUUUUCUGGCGCCGCGUGGACAAGGAAGCACCCAGAGAUCAUUCGAAGACGGGUUGUCUACGCCAGCCGUGGGAUCUCCUUCGCAGUGUGGUGGACUUUAGUGACUCCAGCAAAAACGCAGAGUAA